AUGCAAUCGUUAAAUGUCAAAAGACGUGGACCCAAAUCUACCCUACCUCGAGAGCAACGUGAGGCUAACAGAAAAAUAAAGAAACAAAAUAUGGAACGACGGCGUCGGGCCUGUAUUACAGAGAGAAUGAUUGUUCUCCACGAUCUCGCAAUGUCACUCAUCGGAGAAAAUCCUCGUAAAUUCGACCGCAUGGAAAAGGCGGAUAUGCUGACAAACUGCAUCGAAGUUCUGCGAUGUGUGACCAAAAUAUUGCGCGAGAGACCCGAUCUACAGCCACGCAUGCAAACGGUCUGCACUAGAGUUUUAAGCAGUGCCAGUAACAGCCAACCUUCAAUGGAAGAACGACAUCCAGGUGUAGGGCCUCCGUCGGGGAAUUCUGAGUCUGGAUGGAACAAAGAGAACCUGUUCUGGGGUCCCUAUCACUCCCCUGCCUUUACGCCAGUUGUGGGGGUCAGGGAACGAGGAGAAGUGACGCCAGCUUCUGACAGUGGUUUCCAGGAGGAGGCCUUCAGGAUUCACACCCAGUACUUGCCUGUUCCCCAGGCCACUAGCUCCUUUCUUGAUCUCAUGAUCGCCGAAGAACCUCACCAAUUCCUCCCUCGCACCCCUCUUCAGAGAGUCAUCUUGCCACCGCCUCCUACGAAUGAUGCCCCCAUAGACCUAAGUCUCCACUCCGCACAAAAAUCUCCUAAAGGCUGA